AUGCUCUCGCGUGGCUUGACUUGCCUGACUCGGCGUCUCAUCCACCCACGCUGCCCCCCAGCGCCCCUCCCCAGCGCCGGCUUCAGCUCCGACUCCAACUGUCCUCCAUCUCCAACCGCGAGUCCCCCAACUCCAGAUCCAGACAUUGAGACCCCUGGGCCGGCCCUGGUGGUGGGCGAGCGGCAUGGGCAUGUUUGCUUGUUUGCUCGCUUAUCAGAAUUGCUCUUCUUGGAAUCGUCAGAUUCCCAUGCACGACAGCCCUCGCCAGACAGCAGCAGAAGGCCGUACGUCCGUACGGGACGUGUCACAACCAGCUCUGACCCCUUGCUAGACCAACACUUCUCCAUGGCAGACGCACACGUGCAAACUUGCAUUUCUGCUAGCCAGCGGCGCGUCCAAGCUCUCUUUCUUACGAGGCAUCAUCUCGCCUGCGAAUCUCUGCAAAGAAAUCCCAUGAUUCCCAUCUCUCAAAUUUCCGAUCCACACAGACCUCGGUCCAAUGGCCGCAUUGACAUCGGACGAGCCGGGGAAAAAGCCAAGAGUCCCUUAACUGGACCUCACACCUGA